GGGAUUUAGGCUACUGUGUGUGUGCCUGUGUGUGUGUGAAGCCGCUAUUCCUUAAUCUUUGAUCUUCUGGAUAAACCCUCGGGUAGGCUCGAGGUAAUCUACGGUAAUUUAACUAACGACAGUGUCCUAGUUGAACAACUUUCCGGUUAUCUUUUUUCCAGCCCCGGGGACUGGAGGUUAGUGUUAGACUGUAUGCUGCUAUUUCGGAUUGAUUGACAUCUCUCCUCCUGUUGAGUAGCCAACGUGUAUAUUUCUUUCCUUUUACUUUGUGGUUUGGAUACUUUUGUCUGUGUUCAGCACAGUCACACCAAUGCGCAUCAUCAUGGUGAAAGGGGAGUUUUGGGCCGCGGAUGUCUGUGAUCGUUCCUUCGGACUGAAACUCCCGCCCUACCUGGGCUAGGUAGCCGAACCUAACCUGGUUCCCGGUUUGAGGAACUUCAGAUUUUCAUCGGACUCUAGAUUUUUCACACGGACAUUCUAUAGAAUGGAGUGGGAGCUGAGACCACGGCUUUGUUUCCUAACGAAAGGGCCGCGCGGGUACGGCUUUCACCUUCACGGCGAGCGGAAUAAAGGCGGACAGUUCAUACGGAAAGUGGUACCCGGUUCGUCCGCGGAGCUUUCGGGGCUGCGCGCGGGGGACCGGGUCGUGGAAGUGAACGGGGAAAACGUGGAAGACGAGACGCACCAUCAAGUAGUGUAUCGUAUCAGAGCAGUGGAGCAUCGGACCAGGUUGCUGGUCAUCGACAAAGAGACAGAUGAUUACCUGCGUAGUCACGGGCUGGCCUGCACAGAGGACCUCGCCGUUGAGAUGGGCAAUCUCUCUCCCCGGCCCUCCCCCUUCACCUCCCCCUCAGCCUCCCCUGUAGCCCAGGGGGAAGUCCUCUCACCCUCACCCAUACACAUCCUCACUAAAGCACUCAAACACACCUCUGCCUCACCCAGAAGGAUGGAUACACGAUCGCCGACGUCAAGCCUGAUGAUUGGCACCAAGGAAAGGUUGCCAUCGGAGACAGCGUCGUUAGAUACAGAGUUUCCCAUGGCGACAGUGGAGCUCCUCCCCCGGCUGUGUCACAUGGUGAAGGGGGAGCUGGGAUACGGGUUCAACCUGCACAGUGACAGAACACGGCGAGGACAGUUCAUACGCAGCGUGGACCCCGGGUCCCCCGCCCAACACGCAGACCUCAGACCCCGGGACAGGCUGGUGGAGGUGAAUGGAGUGAACAUCGAGGCGUUGAGACACUCAGAGGUGGUGUCGUUUAUACGUGGCGGGGGGGACGAGACAUGCCUACUGGUGGUCGACGCGGAAACAGACGAGCUGUUCAAGAGGCUCGGGGUCACGCCCACCAGCACACAUGUCAAAGAGGUCUAUGUGGACGAGCCAAUGACAGACAGCGCCCCACCCACCCCCUCUUCAACCACUGACCUCCCUCCAAUGGAUCCACCAAUCAUCAAUGUCACCCUGAUGGGCUCACCAAUCACAAACGGCUCGCCCAAUUCACAGACCAAUGGGAGUUCAGCAUCCCAGUACUCACGUGGCUCGACUACCCAAUCAGAAUUCAGCAGCUCAGAUAUGAGCAUUCAGGUCCCUGAGGAUUAUGAGCGGCGUGUUUCGGACCCGUUCCUGGACAGCGGACUGCAUCUGAGCCCCACGGCAGCAGAGGCCAAAGAGAGGGCCCAACACGGCAAGAAGAGAGCGCCCCCUAUGGACUGGAGCAAGAAACAGGAGAUCUUCAGCAACUUCUGAGAACCACACAGAA